AUGCAGUCGCAAAUUGCCAAACUCUUUGAAAUCGAAUUCGAUGAGAAUAACCAAGGAGUUGAUUUGGCGAACUCCCAGGUGGACAAGUUGGCCCUAGAAUCCGUUCGAAGUUCCGCAACUGUCGUGGAGAAUCAUUAUCAACUUCGUCUUCCUUGGAACAGAAACUGGCGUGAGAUACCCUUUAAUCGAUACCUGGCAGAGAAAAGACUAAAUCACCUGCGAGUACGCCUCGAAAGAGAUCCGAAUCUGUUGUGGUUCAUACAUGAAAACACGAAGGUGGACCAGUGGAGAUAUGUGCCCACAGGUGAAAAUCCCGCAGACUUGGCAUCUAGAGGAAUCAACGGGAGAGAUAACAUCAAUCUUUGUAGAUGGCUGCAAGGUCCGAACUUUUUGCAAAAGUCAAUCGCUCAUUGGCCCCGUGGGGAGAUGCAUUGGACAGCGGACGAUUCAACUUAUAUAGAGACCAAGGUACAAGCGACUGUCAUGACCACGACGUCUGUAAUCCACCCUUUAGACAAGUUAAUUUCUUACUAUUCGUCAUGGACGAAACUCAAACGUGCCUCCGCAUGGUUGUUGCGCUUCCAAAGAUUUAUUCUAUUGAAGACAGACAUUUCAAAUACGAAGACAUUGUUGUAUGGAAGUUUGAAUAUACGUGAGUUGGAAGUCGCCGAGUCGGCACUAUUGCGCUACGUCCAGCGGCAGGCAUUCUCCGACAUAUUUGACGGUCUACUGAGGCACGCAAACAGUUUUGGGACGGGUGUGCUGAAGCGUUCUUCUAUGCACAAUCUGUGUCCAGUGAUGAAGGAUGGACUCUUAAAGGUAGGAGGGCGGUUGGACAACCUUGAUGCAACGCAAGAUAGAAAACGUCCGGUCAUUCUACCCAGUUACCAGUUACAAGCGACUGUCAUGAUCACGACGUCUGCAAUCCACCCUUUAGACAAGUUAAUUUCUUACUAUUCGUCAUGGACGAAACUCAAACGUGCCUCCGCAUGGUUGUUGCGCUUCCAAAGAUUUAUUCUAUUGAAGACAGACAUUUCAAAUACGAAGACAUUGUUGUAUGGAAGUUUGAAUAUACGUGAGUUGGAAGUCGCCGAGUCGGCACUAUUGCGCUACGUCCAGCGGCAGGCAUUCUCCGACAUAUUUGACGGUCUACUGAGGCACGCAAACAGUUUUGGGACGGGUGUGCUGAAGCGUUCUUCUAUGCACAAUCUGUGUCCAGUGAUGAAAGAUGGACUCUUAAAGGUAGGAGGGCGGUUGGACAACCUUGAUGCAAUGCAAGAUAGAAAACGUCCGGUCAUUCUACCCAGUCGAAAUCCAAUUACGGACCUGAUUGUUCGGCAUUAUCAUUUGCGUGAAGGGCACAUGGGA